UGAAAGGGCGGGCUCUCCGUGUAAAAGCCACGCUUUUCAGCCAUCUUUCGCAAACUUUGUCUUGGAACUUUCGAGACACGUUUUACUCAAACACGCCAGUCGCACGAGAAAAUGAGGGAAAUUGUGCAUCUUCAGGCUGGUCAGUGCGGAAACCAAAUCGGUGCUAAGUUUUGGGAGGUGAUCAGUGAUGAGCACGGCAUUGACCCAACUGGCACGUACCAUGGUGACAGUGACCUGCAGCUGGACAGGAUCAACGUCUACUACAAUGAAGCUUCGGGUGGAAAGUAUGUUCCCCGUGCUGUGUUGGUUGAUCUGGAGCCAGGCACGAUGGACUCAGUGAGGUCUGGACCCUUCGGUCAGGUUUUCAGACCAGACAACUUUGUCUUUGGCCAGAGCGGUGCUGGUAACAAUUGGGCCAAGGGUCAUUACACGGAGGGCGCAGAGCUGGUGGACUCUGUCUUGGAUGUGGUGAGGAAGGAGGCGGAGAGCUGUGACUGCCUCCAGGGUUUCCAGCUCACCCACUCCCUGGGUGGCGGCACUGGCUCUGGUAUGGGCACUCUGCUCAUCAGUAAAAUCAGGGAAGAGUACCCAGACCGUAUCAUGAACACCUUCAGCGUGGUGCCCUCCCCCAAAGUAUCCGACACAGUGGUUGAGCCCUACAACGCCACGCUGUCAGUCCACCAGCUGGUCGAGAACACGGAUGAGACCUACUGCAUCGACAACGAGGCCCUGUACGAUAUCUGCUUCCGCACCCUUAAGCUCACCACACCCUCCUACGGCGACCUCAACCACCUGGUCUCCGCCACCAUGAGCGGCGUCACCACCUGCCUCAGGUUCCCCGGGCAGCUCAACGCUGACCUGCGGAAGCUGGCCGUCAACAUGGUGCCCUUCCCCCGUCUCCACUUCUUCAUGCCCGGCUUUGCUCCCCUCACAAGCAGAGGCAGCCAGCAGUACAGGUCACUCACCGUACCCGAGCUCACCCAGCAGAUGUUUGACGCCAAGAACAUGAUGGCCGCCUGCGACCCACGCCAAGGCCGCUAUCUGACGGUGGCCGCCAUCUUCCGUGGUCGCAUGUCCAUGAAGGAGGUGGACGAGCAGAUGCUCAAUGUGCAGAACAAGAACAGCAGCUACUUCGUGGAAUGGAUCCCCAACAACGUCAAGACGGCCGUGUGUGACAUUCCUCCCAGAGGCCUCAAGAUGGCCGCCACCUUCAUCGGCAACAGCACUGCCAUCCAAGAGCUGUUCAAGCGCAUCUCAGAGCAGUUUACAGCCAUGUUCAGGCGCAAGGCUUUCCUCCACUGGUACACUGGUGAGGGCAUGGAUGAGAUGGAGUUCACGGAGGCCGAGAGCAACAUGAACGACCUGGUGUCCGAGUACCAGCAGUACCAGGAUGCCACCGCUGAGGAGGAAGGUGAAUUUGGCGAGGACGAUGAGGAGGAAAUGGGUUGAUCAUUUCAGCAGUUGAAUAUUUUGGUUUAUUUUGUCUCGGAUUUUCAAUGUUUUUGUCAUUUAAAAUGAAAUGCAAUAAAUUUACUACACUAUGGA